GAAAACAAAAUGGCGGCCGCCKUGGUGAGAUUCACGUGUGCUUCAAGUACGAGGAAGAUCUUGACUUGUUGGGCAUCUUUAAGGACAGUUCAAAGCAUUGGAGUUGCUCAGUGUCGGGGACUGCUUUCAUUCACAGGUCAAAAGUCCUUGCCAUCGCUGACUGCUCUACAGACAGUACAAUACAGAUAUUAUUCCAGUACAGAUAAUGAAUAUGAGAAGCUUUGGGCAGCAGCAACAGGAGGAAGAGGUACUGGACGUGGGAGGAAAAAGAAGGUACAGAAGGGGGUUGAUCCAGAGAAACUGAAGUAUGGUCGAGGGGAAUCAAAGUGGGAAGGCUUUAAUGCCCCCAUCGUGAUAGAAGGAGACCAGAUCCCUAAAGAAGAGGAGAAAGAUUGGGAAGAAGGUGAUGGAAGAAGACGAACGUCAUGGUUCUCCAGGGGAUGGAGUGGAAGGACAUGGCCAGGAAGGAAAGUAGGACACCCAGAAAAACCAGACAGAGAGGUGUUGAAGGAUUUUGACUCAGUAGUACUUGAGCUCGUCAGAGUGAGUAACGUGACAGCUAAAGGCAAAAAGAGAUCUCAACGAGCUCUUGUUGUUGUCGGCAACAGAAAUGGUGCAGCUGGUUUUGGUGUUGGCAAAGGACAAACUCCCAUGAGUGCUAUUCGCAAGGCAAGAAACAAAGCUGCCAAUUACCUUUACUAUGUUGAACGCUGUGAUAAUCACACAAUUUUCCAUGAUCUUGAAACCAAAUAUAAGAAGACCAGAGUGAUUUUUCAGAGGAAACCAGAAGGAUAUGGGUUGAGAUGUCACCGAGCUAUCAAAGAAAUUGCAGAACUGCUUGGAAUUGAGGACUUGCGCUGUAAAGUGAUUGGUCCAACAACACCCCUAAGUUUGGUGCGAGCUGUUUUCCAGGGUCUAACAAGCCAGGAAACCCAUCAAGAGUUAGCAGACAGGACAGGCCUAAAUGUUGUGGAGUUCAGAAAAGAGCUGGGCAUGAGACCAAUAGUCGUGGCCACACCCAGUCCUCAGGCAGCCAAGAAGUCUCUCAAGAAAAGAGUAGAAAAUGACGAUUAUGACUUCCAUGAAAUAUUUGACCCUCAUAAAGGAUUGCACCAACCUAAAAAGAAAGCUGAUUUACUAUAAAUAGAACCCUUGCAUCUGAUCAGCUAUACUGCCUGAAUGUUUGUCCAAGAAGCACUCAUUACCUGGACAUAAACAAAUUUAGACGUGGGACAAACAUAACAUCAUGAAAGAAAGAACCAUUUUUGCCAGGACGACAGACUUUUGUCCAGGUAGCAUUCAUUUAUGCCCUUUAGGAUCAUUGUUACUUGGACAUACUAUUGUGAGAGAAAGAACCAUGUUUGCCAGGACAACAGACUUUUGUCCAGGUAGCAUGCAUUUAUGCCCUUUAGGAUUAUUGUUACCUGGACAUACCAUCAUGAGAGAAAGAACCAUGUUUGCCAGGACAACAGACUUUUGUCCAGGUAGCAUGCAUUUAUGCCCUUUAGGAUCAUUGUUGCCUGGGCAUACCAAUGUGAAAUACAGGCCCAUAGUUCCCAGUCUUCUACUACAAAUACAAAUACUAGGAAGAAUGAACCUCACUGGCUUGCAAUACAGAAGAGCAACAAAGAAUGUGCGCACUUGACUAUAGGUGUGUGUCAACAUUGAUAAAAUAAAACAUUGCUAGUAAAAUAUUUCAGGAGCUCAGAAAGUCAACAUAAAAAUAUGAAUAUUGUAAAUAUGAAAUUGUUACUUUACAAUGAAGUCAAAGUAAUUGUUUUAAUAAAUGCUUAUGGUUUCACAUCAA